AUGGCAGCCCGAAACGAUGAUGCCUCAGUCGUGACUCGCUGCUGCCAACAAAAGGACGGGGCUCGCAACCGCCCGCUCAUGGGAUGUCAUCGGAAACUGGGGCCUCGAUUGCGACCCAAAGGGACCUGUUAUUUGACGUCUGGGGCCUGGUCUACCCUUCUCGCCGGGAAAGCUGCUGCUUGUCAGGAAUCAGGUUCAUCGUCACGUCUGAAGAUCAAAGGUCGGAGCUCAAGUGUCGUGAUUAGGUCUGAUGUCCAUCGGUACGAGAGCUCUCCGGCGCUGCUUGCUUGUCCAUCGGUAGUCCUCGGUCGACGACAACCAGUCUCAGCCGCGUACAGAGCUCGCCUCGCCGCUCGGGUUCGGAACCCGCUCGGCCCGCUCUCGAUCGUUGGCGCUUGUCUUAGCCUCGGAAUCUUUUGCUCUUGGUUUCUUGGUUUGCUGCCUGAUUGGCGAGACGGUGCUCGCAACCGCUCGCUCAUGGGAUGUCAUCGGAAACUGGGGCCUCGAUUGCGACCCAAAGGGGCCUGCUAUUUGACGUCUGGGGCGCCUGGUCUACCGUUCUCGUCGGGAAAGCUGCUGCUCGUCGGGAAUCAGUCCUCGGUCGACGACAACCAGUCUCAGCCGCGUACAGAGCUCGCCUCGCCGCUAGUCGGAGCUCAAAGAGGUCGAGACUCGGUCGAACUAAAGGUCUCGGUGUGCUCGUCAACCGUCGUGAAAGACUGGCUUGCGGUCGCCGCAUUUUGGAUCUUCGAUAGCCGGUUCCUCUUGGUCGAGAGGUUGAUGCUAUCGGGAGUGGAAGAAUUAGGAUACUUUUCUUGGAUUGAUCCGGAGCUUGGACCAUUUCAGAAAUCAUGUUUUCUGAAACUGAAGGCUGAUAAGACAUUGUUGGAGGAGCAAUUAAAAUGCAAGGAAGUCACUGUAGUAGCAAUGGCUGAAAGGGUCUCAUUGAAGAAUGAUGAACUAUUGUAUCUUAAAUCCAAAGCAAAUGACUUGGUGGAGCAAUUAAAAUGCGAAAAAAAUACUGCAGUAGCAAUGGCUGAGAGGCUGAAAAUGAAGGAGGAUGAACUUUUGUGUCUUAAAUCCAAAGCAAAUGACUUGGAGGAGCAAUUAAAAUGCGAAGAAAAUAUUGCAGUAGCAAUGGUUGAGAGGCUGAAAAUGAAGGAGAAUGAACUUUUGUGUCUUAAAUCCAAAGUAAAUGACUUGGAGAAGCAAGUACAAGUCUUGUCCAAGAGAAACAUCUUCAGAAACCGUAUUGUGUGUGUGUCAGUUGUGUUAUUUGUUGUUUUGCUUUUUUCCUUGGGUAAAGGGGAAAAUGGUUUAUUGAUGUUGAAUUAG